GGAACCGGCGCGUUCAUAUUAUUCGCAAUAAUCGUACAAUAAUUUAAAGAAAAUGACGACUCCUAAAUCUGAGAAAGACUUGCAUUUACCACUAUCCAGAGUGAAAACUAUAAUGAAAAGUUCACCGGACGUCGAAGCAGUAGGUGCUGAACCGUUGUAUUUAGUUACGAAAGUUACCGAGUUAUUUGUAACAGAUCUAGCGAAACGGGCUUUCAAAAACAGUAAAAAUACUUUCUUAGAAUACAAGCACAUAGCCGAGGUUGUGCAGGAAGAUGAUACAUUAGACUUUCUACGUGAAAUUAUGCCCAGGAAGAUAACUGUGAGGCAGUUUAAAGAAAUUAUGGCUAAAAAGGCGACAAAGAAUGGGAACUCUGAUGAUUCUAGCGAGGAAUCAAGUGAAGAAGAAAGUACUGAAGAAAGCUCUAGUAACAAUGAACAAGACUGACAUAGUGUAGGAUAAUUGAUUUAAGUAUUAUUAGCAUAAUAUUACACUGAUGACUCCAUAAAGAAAAUAAUUUUGUCAUGCAUAGGACUGUGCCUUUAUUAAUAUGUUCUAAGUAACACAGACACACACAAUACAAGAAUAAAUAAAGGUUGACUUUAUUACUGUACUACACUGAACUCUGUUUUGAAUGAUGCUGGCA